AAUCCAUAAGAAGAUUCAUAUGAUAUAUUUUGAAUACAAAAAGCCGCCGACAACGAGAACAAAAUAUUAAAAACAUUAACAAAUAAUUUACUUGCGAUAUUGACGCGUCCUAUUUGGUGAAAUAAGACGUUUGCGUGUGUUGUUGUUAUGUAUGAAUAUUGUGCGCGUUCGGGUCGGCUAGAAUUUUUAUUGCAUGCGGAUUUUUGACACAAAACAUCCGAGACCAAUAAAACGCCAAUGUUUAAAGUUGAAAAAGAAAGCAAGUGUGCAUAAAUUACCUAAAAGAACUGUGAAUUCUCAAUCUUUUAGUAUAGAAUAGAAAAAUAAAUUCUAUAGGAAAUGAAGUAGAAGUGCUUGUUGUGUUGAGAAACGAAACGGAAAUACCAAAUAAACAAAAAUUAAAGCAAGAGAAAAUAUACAAAAGUAAAAAACAAAAAGCGCCAAACGACGAAAACGGAGACGGCAAGAAGUGUAAGCCAAAGUGCAAGGGAAAAAGAUUUUAGUGCUGUUGUUGCCCAUGUUUUCUGUGUAAAGAAGCGUGCGUGUAAAGGGCCAAAACACACACAAAGUACAUACAUACAUACAUACAUAUAAAGGCAAAAACACAAGUGCAUUGCAUUGUGUGUGCGUGUGAAUGUGAGGCAGGAACAGACGGAAGUACUUUGACUGCCGCCUCCUCGUCUUCUUCUUCUGGUACUACGCCUCCUACUUUUGCGCUUUAUUUGUUGCUGCCUGCCCUACCUUUUGUUGUUGUUUGAUUUCGUUGUCGUUCGCUUGUCGACCGUUUUCAUUUUGCUUUGACAUUCGUUUGCGGCGGCAGUGACAAUGCAUUGUGUAGCAAAUAAGAAAAAUCACAUGAAAACGAAAUUUAAGUAAAUGCAAUAACAACAACGAGUUUUUUUUAACAAACAACUAGAAACUGUUGUUGGUCUGGAUACAGGAUAACACAGCCGCCCCCACAACAUUUUAAAGUAAAGGCGAUUAACAGCAGUGGAUUGUUUAACAUAAAGGGAGGAGAGCAACGACAACAUACCGUUACGAUGGCCACUUGUACUUGGUGUGUGAACCGAUAGUCAAGCAGAGAACCAGGAAGUGCACGGAAGUGCAAACCAGAACAAAAGUGCACAUUGCAUUCCGUUGCAUUACGUUACGCUAUAUUACGGCGACGUAACGUGCGGUUGUAAAGCAGAGUGCGCGCCAACUACAAAAUACCAACGCAUGUCGACUGCGACAAUUGCAACAACAACGACGACGACGUAUUCUGGAUCUGGACAUAUCCGCUUCCGCGUUGCGCUGUUGCUUUAAACUUAAGAACGGCGAGAACAGACAAAUUCACUCAUUUAUACACGGCAAAAAGUACGCGUGUAGUACAACAACAAAACAGAAAGAAAACUGACAACAACGUCAUACAGUGGAGCAAACAGAUUGGCACAACAAUCUUUGUGGCUGCACUGUCUACAAUUAGAAGAACAAGAAUAGGAACUGGGAUAGUUCUUAACCACUGAGUGUGUUGCAUGUCCAAAAUGAAAAUGCUUCCAGUACAGUUAUCACUGAAUCCGCUAAAUCCCGGCAUCUGGAGCGAUAUGCUCUGGCGUUGCCCCCCGGCGCCCUCCAGUCAGUUGGCGGAGCUUAAGACACAGCUACCCCCCUCGCUGCCAUCCGAUCCACGUCUCUGGAGCCGUGAAGAUGUGCUCGUAUUUUUGCGCUUUUGUGUGCGCGAAUUUGAUCUUCCCAAGCUCGACUUUGAUCUCUUCCAGAUGAAUGGCAAGGCGCUGUGUCUCCUCACACGCGCCGACUUCGGCCAUCGCUGUCCCGGCGCCGGCGAUGUGCUGCACAAUGUGCUUCAGAUGCUCAUCAUCGAGUCGCACAUGAUGCAAUGGCAUCUGCCCAACAGUCCUGUGACGCCCACAAGUCGCUACCCGCUCUCACCGCACAGUCACCCGCCCACGCCCACCUGGCCACCACUUAACGCGCCACCCGAGAGUCCGUUUCACAGCACAGCGCAGCACAUGGGCCACCAUUUCAUGGCGCCGAAUUCGGUGACGCUGAGUCCGCCACCAUCGGUCGAUUCACAGGCCAGCAGUCCGCCCCAGGGGCCAUAUCAGAAUGGAGGAGGCGGCGGAGGAGGUGCCAACGCAGCCGCCACGGCUGCAGCAACAGCGACAGGCGUCUCUGGCAGCGGCAGUGGCAGUGGCAGCAGCAACAGCAGCACAGCAAGCAAUGGGUCCACCACAGCGGCUGCCACGGCAGCAGCGGUUCUGGCCGCCCAAGGCAAUGCUUUUGGCAUGCCGAUGAAGGGCAUUAGUGGCACCAGCAGCAAUCAUUCGGAUUCGGAGGAAGAAUACUCGGAACCGGGAAGCAGCAGCAAAGCCAACAAUGCGCUGCCCUCAGCCCAACUGGCCUACGGCACGGCCAGUCCCCCAACCACACCCAUACUAAAGGAAAUGAAACCCAAUUGGACGCAACAGCUGACGAAUAGCUUUGUGAAUUCAUGGUCCCAGCAGCAACAACAACAACAGCAGCAGCAACAACAACAGCAACAGCAACAACAGCAGCCACAAAAGCUGACGCUGGACAAUGCUGGUGGACCGCUUGCAGCCGGCGGUGGUUCGAUUUCCGCCCCCACCACGCCCAGCUACAUGUACAAGGUGAAGCGUGAGUUCUUUCCCGAGAACUCGGAGCCCAAUACAAAUGGCCGCCUAUUGUGGGACUUUCUGCAGCAAUUGCUAAACGAUCGCAAUCAGAAGUACAGCGAUCUCAUUGCUUGGAAAUGCCGCGACACUGGUGUCUUCAAGAUCGUCGAUCCCGCCGGCUUGGCCAAACUGUGGGGCAUACAGAAGAAUCAUUUGUCGAUGAACUACGACAAGAUGUCGCGGGCUCUACGCUACUAUUAUCGCGUCAAUAUAUUGCGGAAGGUGCAGGGCGAGCGCCAUUGCUAUCAGUUCUUGCGCAAUCCGACCGAGCUGAAGAACAUUAAGAAUAUAUCGCUGUUGCGGCAAUCGACGCCAGCUGGAGGCAACAAUCAAGCAGCGCCCAAUGCCGUUUGUUCGCCCGCCGCGUUGCCCGCGGGUAACCAACAGACGAACGGCAGCAAUGGAAAUGCCAACAACUGGCCAUUGCCCACGAGCGCCCAGCAACAACAGCAGCAGCAGCAACAACACCAGCAACAGCAACAUCAGCAGCUCCUGCAGCAAUCCCCACAGCGACCCGCCUCUCGCAAUGGCCAACGUGUUGGCCCCAACCCCAACGACAAUCAUCCCAUGAGCCUGCCCGCUGUGGCCGCCGUCGCAGCAGCUGCUGCUGCCGCCUACGGACCACCACCCACGUCGCCGCUCUUCAUGCAUGCCAUCAAUGGCGCGUUCCAUUAUCUGUCCGCAAAUGCAGCCGCCGUUGCGGCCGCAACCCCAUCGCCCAAUUCGCCAGCCAGCAUGCUCAACGGCUCGGCGCCCAGCGAUAAGUUUCAAUUCCAUCCGCUGAAGCUGGAGAAUGGCGCCGGCAGCAGCAGCAACGGACACGAUAGUGCCGGCGAGGACCUGAAGCCAACCGAUCUGAGUGUGAGCGGCAGCGAACGCAAAAGCUACGCCAGCACGCCCACGCUAACAAACAGCAGCAAUCCGAGCAAUAACGAGGACUGCUAUCCACUGAUACGCAAUGCGGAUGGCCUGACUACCAUCAAGCUGAUACGCUAUAACGAACACAGCUCCCCAGCUACGACGCCUACGCACAACACGGAACAGCAUUCGCCGAAGCAUGAGGCAUUGGACUUACAACAGCCCCCAAUGGGACAUCGUUCGCCGAAGCCGAUGGACGCAGAGACGCCGCAGCAGUCGAGCAAUGCGCCCGUUCCCAUGGACAGCGAUUGCAAUGGAGCUGAGGACGCGUCCAGUUUUCGUUCCAUGCACCAGUGAAGCGUCCACAUCGUCCAAGAUGACAAUCAGCGUGCAAAUGAAAUGAGAAAUUUGUAAUUAGAGAAUCGACUCGCGGAAUCCAACAAAAACAAAUUACCUGAGCAGAAUCGCACGUGGCUGCAGAGAAGCAACAAAUUCUUAAUGGGACCACAGCACUCACACAUACGCAGAAUGCCUUUUGUAAAUAUACACACACCCACACACACAUAGCCCCUCGCACACACACACACACACGCGCAUAGCUUUCUGUAGGUGUUUGUGUGUGUGUGUGUCGAAGCAUGUGACGUUGCCAUCAAACGUUCAAUAUGAAUUAUGGAAAAAACAUACAUAUAUACAUACAUAUGUGUACACAUAUAUUUUAUACAGUAAAUAUUUAUAUUAAACAAAUAGUUGCAAUUAAGUUAUCUAUAAUAUAAAAACAUGCACACACACAAACAUACAAUAUACAUAUAUGGAUAUAUCUAGAGUGGCAGGUUCUGUGCGAUUCAGUGAAAAUGUAACUUAUAGUUAACCAGAUGUUGUUACUUGAUGAUAAUGAUGGGCAAUCAAUUCCAAACCAGACUUCAAGCCCACAUUCAGGCCGUUAAUGAAAAGAGUUAGUUGCAAGUUAGGAUCACAGUUAGUUUUCAAAUUAGGAUUUGGAAUCUGCAAUACAAUAUUUGCUUUGAUUUCUUUGCUUUUAUAAACUCUACAUGGCUUAGAAGUAGAACUAAAUUCAAAUUAGCCAAGCAAAUAGCUAAAAAUAUAACCAACUACUGAAAUUGUGUCCACACUAUAUUUCCACUGCAAAAGCUAGGCAUUUACUGGAAAUUGCAACCAUUAAAAAAAUGUCUAUCCACCAGCAUCGAAAUUCCAUUUGUAACGUAAAAUUCUCUUUUGCUCUUGUAAUACGAUAAAUGUUAUAUAUCCACGGGAAAGUGAGCUCACUAAAAAAUGAUAUUCGCUAAAAUAAAAGUAGUGCGAUAGAUGCGAUGUUUCCACUGGAAAAACUGGAAAGUUAGAACAGUAAAAAAAUGCUAUCCACUAAAAUGACAUUCAUAUCCAUUGCGAAAAAUUCCAUAUUUCCGCUGGAAAUUACCCUGGAAAGUGAAAUAUAAAAAAAAUGUGUUCACUGGAAUAACAUUCCCAUCCAUCCCAACUCUUUUAUUCCUUGCCGAAUUAGCUGACUUGUUUCCCAGUAGAAAGUUGCUUAGGAAACACUGGAAAGGGAAAAAGUUCCAUACACUGGAAUGACAGUUCCAUCCAAUCUGCAAGUUUCCUACAGAUGACAUUUUCGUUUACAAUGAAAGUUAGGCUUCCAACAACAUCAAGUAACUUCAAACCAAAUAAGCACAGAACGUGUAAUAAACACACACACACACAAUACACAACACGCAUACACAUAGAAGCAUUUUUAUAUUCUGUUACAUAUGUAAGUAGUUUUUUGUUUGAACGGCGGGCCUUCGAAGUUUAGAGCGUUAUGUGCCAAUUUUUCUACAUUAAUUAAUUAUUACAUAAAUACAUACAUAAUAGUUACAUUUAUUAUCAAGUUUUAGUGAACGGAACAUACCUACACACACACCCACGCAACCCCUACACAGCCCCUCACACACACACACACACACAAUCAUAUGUUUAAAUCUUAGUCUAUAAGUGUUGUCACCUUUGAGCUUUACAGUGUUGCCUCAACAAUGGUUUCAGUCUAUGGAAAAAAUUGAUAAGCGAAUUAUGAAGAAAUGCAAAAUUAAACAAAAGAAAUCUACAGCCUGCAUAAAUCUAUACACAAAUGCGAUACAUACAUACAUACAUAUAAAUAUGAUAAAAUUGAAUUGUUGUGCAGUCAGCAUUAAAAACAAAAACAAAAUAAACAAACAAAUUGUUGAUUUAUAUACAAGAAGAGUAGUGGAGAAGGAGGAAGGGAUUGAAAAAGCAAGUUGUUGCAGACUUUCAGCUCUUAAAUUCAAUUUCAAAUUAAUUAAAUUGUGAUAAUGAAGCAAAAUAAUAAUAAUUAUGAUAACGAGAAUUGUAAUCGGCAACAACAGCAACAAUAACAUUAAGAAAAAGAGGAGAAAAAUAUAUAAAAAAAAAAAAUACAGCAAUUAAAAAGCUGUGCAACAGCUUUGCUGGCCAAGUUAUAUCGGCUUCGUAUCGCCAACUGAGAGCUUUCAAAAUUUAAUUUCAAUCGAGCGCCCUAGCUAUAUGCAUAAAAAAAUACAUCUAUGUAUCUAUAAAUAAUACAAUUAAGGCAUUACACAAAUUGGCUUCCAAUCAUUUUUAGUUUUUUUAAUUGAAAUGUGAACUUGAAUUUCCAACUUGAUUUUCUUAUCUUAGGUUUACAAACAUGUCUGUAUACAAAUAACUAGCUUAAGAUUUUUUAAAUCAAACAUUAAGUUGGCAAUUAUGUAGAUGUUAAUAAUAAUAAUAAAAAAAAAAAAACAUGUAAACAAACACAGCGAAUUGUGUUCAUUUAAGCAUUAAACACUAAAUUUUUAGUUCUUAAACAAGCCUUUUGAUCUAAGCAACUGCAACAAUUAUCAGCAUAAUGGCAAGGCAUUAUUACAUUUCUUGUGUUGUUGUGUGUUGUACGUUUUUAAAGCACUUUAUUAUUAUGUAGACUCACAUACAUACUUGCAUAUUCAUACACACCAACACACACACACAAACACAACAUUUAAUUAGCAGUACUUGUAAGCAUAAUUUGUUUGUUUUUGUACGCCCUAAGUUUAAACACCGCCAAUAGCUAAUAAUUAGCACUUUAGUGUCGCCACAAUACCUGUUCUUCCAUUGAAAACUUUCAAUAAUACAUAAUGAUAUGUAUAAAAAAAAUAAUAUAUAUAUACAAAUUUAUGCAAUAAAUAAAUGAAAUCAAAAUGAAGUACACAUAUAA